CGAAACUGUUCUUCUCCUCUUCCUAGCAAAACCCAGAAAGCAACAAACCCAAAUUCACUUUCAUUCCCUUUCAAACAAUGAAGUCCGUUACAGCCGCAACGCUUCUGCUGCUCUGCCUUCUCCUCGCCUCCUCUGUUUUCGAGGUCGCAGUCGCAGGCUCAGGGAUUUGUGACUCCAAGUGCGGGGCGAGGUGCGCGAAAGCAGGGGUGAUGGACAGGUGCCUCAAAUACUGCGGGAUCUGCUGCGACAAGUGCCAGUGCGUGCCUUCGGGGACUUACGGCAACAAGCACGAGUGCCCUUGUUACAGGGAUUUGAAGAACUCCAAGGGCAAGCCCAAGUGCCCUUAAAAAAAUUUGUCAUGUGUGAUUAGUUACUCUGUUUUAUGUAAAAAGUAAAAACCUGGUUAUGGUACGAUAUGAGUAUGUUUUGGGGGAUUUUGGGUGUUUGACUGUUUGUUUGUUUGUUGAUAUUUUGGGUUCAUUCUUCUUCUUCUUGUGUGUGUUUUGGUUGAUUUGUGUGUUGCUUACUUGCAUAAGCAUACUUUCCCUGUUUUAUGAAUAUAAGUAAUUAGCUAUAUGGCAAUUUGGGUAUGGAUUAGAUCGAGAAGUAAGAUGAAACAUAACGGUGAUGAUGAGAAAGGUGUUUCUCAUGAAGCUCGAAUUCAAACGGAAGUAUAAGAAACGCUCGUCUAGCAGUUUUGCAGUUUUGAUGCAAGGGUAUUGAGAUUUUGAG